UAGUAAGCAGAGCCUGGGCUUUUCAUUGGCUGAGUGCUGGAGAAGAGCACGGCCAUCUUUCUUCAGGCGAGCUCAGCGGUCAAUGAGGGGGUGAGGGCUCCCCCUGCUGGUCUCCUGACCAGGCUCCCGUUCAUUAAGGAUUUACAGGUGUCACAGGACAAAAGCCCAGAGAGACGUGAGCUAUGCGUCUUCAUUACUCCUACCUGGGGAGGGUGGUCAGAACAUUUCCCUUCUUUUUAAACAAAGCAAGCAGUUCCAGCACGUUCUCGGCGCCCAUCCACCCUGAGGUGGAGAAGGUCAGCCCCUCCUCGGGAAGGGAAGACGGGCAGGGGUUGAGGGAGGGACUCUGUCAUCUGGUCACUCUGCCGCCUCCCCCUCCCCCACCCCAACUCCCACCAGCACGCACGCUUCCUCUCUCUUCCCAGGGCCAUCCCACCUCCAAAGGCCACGUGAGCCCUGCGCAGGGACCCCGGGGAGCUGUCGUCCGGUGGGCUGACUGAGCACGACCACGGACAAGGUCCUGGGGUCGUCCGCAGUGUUACUCGUGGCUAACUUUAUAUUUGCACAGCACCUUUAAUAACUUUAUUCCCGGAACCGCCCAGCAUUCGUGGACUGGCGACUGUGACGCACUCGCUGGUGCUAUGACUCAUGACUUCAUUCAUUCCACACUUAUUUUUUUUUUGGUCGCGUUGGGUUUUCGUUGCUGUGCGUGGGCUUUCUCUAGUAGCGAAGAGCAGGGGCUACUCUUGGUUGCGGCGCGCAGGCUUCUCACUGCGGUGGCACCUCUUGUUGCAGAGCAUGGGCUCUAGGCACGGGGGCUUCCGUAGUUGUGGCACGUGGGCUCAGCAGUUGCAUUCCACACACUUUUAUUGAGCACCUGCUAUAGACCAGGAGCUACAGUAGGGUCUGGUGGCUUCGUGGUAGGAGCCACGGUCCCUGGCCUCAGGAUACCAGGUGGAUAUUGUAAGAUAACAGAAAAAGAUGUGUGCUGGAGUCUGCCCCCGGCUCCUGGCGCAGGGCUCCUGAACCUUGUAACUUCCUAAGUGAUAAGAGCACUAGGAGCAUCUUCCGUUGUAAUCUUUGGUCUUUGACCCCAGUGCCUGACACGGGGCUCCUGAAACCCUGGUAAUUUCCUGGGUGCUAGGAGUGUCAUUUGUUCUAAUGAGGUGACUCUGGGUGGCUCCUGGGUGAGGGCUGCUCACCAAAAGACCUACCCAGGAUUAGAAGCUUGGACUCUUCAGCCUCACCCCCUCAUUCUCACGAGAAGGGAGAAUGUCUGAAAAUGGAAUUGAUAAUUGACCAUGCCCACGUGAGGAAGCCUCUGUAUACAAAAUCCCACUAGUGUGGAGUUCGGAGAGCUUCCAGGUGGGUGAGCACAUCCACACGGGGUCCAUGAGACAGAGGCUUCUGCUCUUAGGAUUCUCGCAGACCUCACCCUGUGCAUCUCUUCAUCCAGCUGUCCAUCUGUAUCCUUUACCAUAUCCUUUAAUAAACUGGUAAACACUCGCGUUUCCCUGAAUUCUGUAAGGCACUCCAAGAAGUUAAUCAAACCUGAGGAGGGGGUCAUGGGAACCUCUGCUAUGUAGCCAAAUCCGACAGAAGUUGUGGGUCACCUGGGGACUUGCAACCAUCGUCUGUGGGACAGGAAGCAGCCUUGUGGAACUGAGCCCUUAACCUGUGGGAUCUGACACUGUCUCCAAGUACAGAGGGUUGGACGUGACUUAAAUUGUAGGAGACCCAGCUGGUGUCAUGAGAAUUGCUUGGCGUGGGAAAGCCGUCCACACAUUUGGUGACCAGAAGGGUCAGCAGUGAAGUGUUUUGUGUGAGGAAUAAGGAAGAGAAACAUGGGAGGGAAGAAAUGGGUUACUCCCUGUUCGGGGAAAGAGUGAACUGAGGCUCUACUUUGUACAGAUGUGCAAAUAAAUGAAAGUGGAUGUGGUAUGUGCUGUGACGCAAAGCCUGCAGGGAAGAAGUAGCAAGGAGACUGCUGGGGAGCCAAGCAGGGGCCCCGGCGUCCACGACACCUGGCCGAGAGCUGAAGCAUGAGGAUGAUCCCAGUGACACCCAGGAGGAGGGGAUUCCAAACUAGGGACGCGGAAACUCACGAACGUGCUCGUGAUUGAGGAGACAGACAACUUACCCUACAUGUGAGGCGGUUCAGGCUGGACAUCUAUGAAGGGCCUCGUCUGUCAGCCCAACACGUUUGUAUUUUAUCUUACAGCUGCAGAGAGUCCCUGAGGAAUUCGGAGCUGCGUGGUCACGUAAGCAGAGUGAUGCGUCGGGAAGAGGGCUCUGCAGCAACCAGACCAAUGGGGUGUGGAAGGUCAGGAGGCUCCGUGCUGCGAUGCUUCAGAUGGAAGGCAGCAGAUUGUUGGCGUCACUGAGGAGAGUGACCACGCCUGAGCGCCCAGGGCCCACCACACCCAGUCCUUCUGUGCCCAGGGUUAAUAGCAGACCCUCCUCUUGGCAGGAUCCAGAGAGAAACAUAUCCGUCUUCCUGGAACAUGGCAGGUAAGAAAGUGCUCAUUGUCUACGCGCACCAAGAGCCCACGUCUUUCAACGGGUCCUUGAAGGACGUGGCAGUGGCUGAGCUGAGCCGGCAGGGCUGCACCGUCACCGUUUCUGAUCUCUAUGCCAUGGACUUUGAGCCGAGGGCCACAAGGAAGGACAUCACUGGCGCCCUCUGCAACCCUGAGUUCUUCAGCUACGGGGUGGAAGUGUAUGAGGCCUGCAAGAAGCAGUCUCUGGCCAGCGACAUAAUUGAGGAGCAGAGAAAGAUCCAGGAGGCCGACCUGCUGAUAUUUCAGUUCCCGCUGUACUGGUCCAGCGUGCCGGCCAUCCUCAAGGGCUGGAUGGACAGGGUGCUGUGCCAGGGCUUCGCCUUCGACAUCCCGGGCUUCUACGACGACGGCUUCCUCAAGGGUAAACGGGCCAUCCUGUCCCUAACCACGGGUGGCACGGCCAACAUGUACUCGAAAAAUGGAGUCAGCGGAGACUUCCGGUACUUCCUGUGGCCCCUCCAGCAUGGCGCGCUGCACUUCUGUGGAUUCCGAGUCCUGGCCCCUCAGAUCAGUUUUGCUCCUGAGUUGGCAUCAGAAGAAGAAAGAAGGGGGAUGGUGGCCUCCUGGGCACAGAGGCUGAAGACCAUCUGGGAGGAGGAGCCCAUCCCCUGCUCACCCCCCUGGUACUUCGGGCGGUGACCGCAGGGCCACAACACGACAGCCUUGGGACCACGACGUGACAGCCGCGGGGCCGGCUGGGAGGCACAACGGAGCUGCGGGCAUGUGGAGUGACGUGGCGACUGUCUCCAGGGUCCUGUAGGCCGGCUCGCGGCUCCUGUCACCUGCUGGUCGUCCCAGAUUCCCUCCCGACGAUGUCCUUACCCUCCCAGGCUUUCUUUUCGUGUCUAGUAUCUUUCCAUCUCCCUGUCUUCAGCCUUCGCGGGUAGUGUUGUUUUUCUGUAGUUUUCCUGGCACGGAACUGGAUUCGUUAGGUUUUGUUUUAUUCCAUAACGCAAAUUUCUGUUUUCAAAGGAAAGUAAUCUGUUUACAGCG